CCGUUCGCGGCUCGACUGAUAUAAAUGUCGGAGACAGACAUAACCUGUAAUGCUUCUUAAACUAAAAACUUGAUAAAGAAAUCUCAAUGUUGUUCAGGUAGAAGAUUCUUCAACCGAAAGAUAAAAGACCAGAACAAAAACAACUUGGAAAAAUUGCAGCAGUUUCUUCGUUGUUUCUGACGAUUUGAAAGAUGCUACAGAUCAAAGUAUUGGGAGUACGAUUAGCCAGCACAUCAGCAGCUACAAAUGCAUGUGGAAAAGUGUUGGAUUCGAUAAUAAGAGUCGAUCAUGCUGGAGAGUUGGGGGCUGAUAGAAUCUAUGCCGGACAAAUGGCUGUGCUAGGCAAAACACCAGUCGGACCGACUAUACAAUGUAUGUGGGAUCAAGAAAAACGACAUCGCGCCAAAUUUGAAGAGUUCAUUUGCAAGUAUCGCGUCAGACCAACCGUUCUCAUCCCUUUGUGGAACGUUGUUGGCUUCGCUCUAGGCGCCGGUACUGCCUUUAUGGGCGAGAAAGCGGCCAUGGCGUGCACCGUAGCUGUAGAGACCGUGAUUGUCGAGCACUAUAACGACCAGCUGCGCAUGUUGAUGGAAAACGAAAAUGUAGACGAUGAGAUACUUGAAACUAUCAAAAAGUUUCGCGAUGAGGAACAAGAACAUUACGAUACAGGCAUUGAUCACGGCGCCGAACAAGCGCCGUUUUACCAGGCUCUAACGAACGUAAUCAAAUUUGGCUGUAAGACGGCUAUAUCUAUUUCUAAGGUGAUAUGAUUGCCUAUGAUUGAAAGUCGUAGCUUAUAAAAAUAUUAAAAAAUCGCGUAAGUUAUGUAUAGAAAAAUGUAGA